UGUAACACUGUUUGCGUAUGAAUUGGUGUUUACGUAAACAUUGGGAUAAAAAGUAGUGAUCCGACAAAACUAGUCAUCAAUUAUUUGGAUCAGUUGUGCGACAAUUAAAUUGACAUUUUGCGGGUCAUUACGGGUUACGAUGGCUGAAGAGGACAAUCGUUUGGACGUAUAUUUAGCAAAGUCUACAAAUCCAUUGAACGAUAACAUCGAUGAAGAACUAUUGACCGGAUUGUGCGCCGCCAUCAAUGACCGACCCGACGGACCACAGGUUGCACUGAGAUAUUUGGCGCAUAAGAUUCAGUCACCUCAAGAAAUUGAAGCAUUGCAUUCAUUGAACCUUUUGGCAAAACUGAUUACAGUUUGUGGUCACCGAUUGACUGACGAAAUCGGAAAAUUUCGUUUUCUAAAUGAAGUUAUUAAAGUUGUUUCUCCAAAGUAUUUGGCUCACAGAACACCACCGAAAGUGAAACAACGUGUGGUUGAGUUGAUGUUCCUCUGGAGUCUUGAGCUAAAAGAAAUGCCCAAAAUCUUUGAAGCGUAUCAGAUGCUAAAGAAACAGCAAAUUGUUUCCGAAGACCCCACUUAUAUAAUACCAAACUAUAAGCCGCCGACUCCGCCACUUCCGCGACCAAAGGACGAGAUAUUUGACGACGAAAAAAACGCUGAGUUACUGCAAAAACUACUUAAAAGUGGUAAACCGGGAGAUCUGGAAGCAGCCAAUCAAUUGAUCAAAUUGAUGGCCAAAGAAUCGGAUAAACGAAUGGAUCUGAAGUCGAGGUUUGAAUCGGAAAUAGAAAUCGUUUACAACAACGCAAAUGUUUUGUCGGAUAUGUUAUCGUUUUAUUCACCAAAUGAUAGUUCAGUCGAAGAGAAGGAUCUGAUGAAAGAAUUGUUUGAAAGUUGUGAAAAAUUACGAAUUCGUUUGUUUAAAUUGGCCAACGAGUUGUCCGAUGACGACCCGAAUAUGACCAGACUUUUUAACGCCAACGACGAGUUAACUAAAGCUAUCAAUGCAUACAAACAAAUGUUGGGAAUUGUUUCGACUGACGACUCUAAGAAUUUAAUGACUAAAUCAAAUCAAAUAAAUCUUUUAGAUAUACCAUCAUCAACAACAACAACAACAACAAACAAGACGUCAAUUAUUGAUAAUAUAUUGAAUGACGUGGAACUACUUGAUGAUCACUUUAUUUCUUUGAGCUCCAAGAAUAACAAUAAAUGUAAUACAAAUACUUUGAAUGAUUUACAAGAAUUGAGAGAUAUAUUCUCUGUUAAGAAUAAUAAUGAAUUGUCUUCGACUAAUCAUUCCAUAUUAAAUGACGUAUUACUUCCACAACCGAUUGCACCAUCAAAUUCAACAAACAUAGUCAGCGAUUGUGAUAAACGACGCAAAUCUGGUCAAAAAUUAGCUUUCGAUGAAUUGGAUCACUUGAGUCAAUCAUUAUUAAAAAGCAAUCUUUUAAGUGAUGAAUUCAAAUACAAGAACAAAGAACCAUCGAAGUCGUUAAAUGAAUUACAAAGAAUUCAGUCAAAUGCACGAAACAUUAAUGACAACAAAGAGUGCGAUAAAAAUAUGAUAAAUGGAUCGGUUAUGCCUUUGACUGAUAUUAAUGUCUCACUCGACUCUAUUAAACCGAGUGAUACCAAACCCAUAACACUUUAUGAUAAAAAUAAAGUUCAAGUCAUUCUCUAUUUGGCAUCUAAUUCGCCGCGAAGUGAUGUCAAUGUAUUUGUGAUAACCAUUAUUAGUACCAAUUCAUCUCCAGUUUCUAAAAUAAACUUUUUAGCGGCUGUUCCUAAGUCAAUGCGAGUCAAACUUCAAGCUAUGUUUCCGAGCAAUAGUCUGCCGGCAUUUCAGGCAUUCAUAUCACCGACACUUAUAACACAAGUCAUGUUAAUUGCAAGAGAUGUACACAAACAGGAAAAAGUGAGACUUAAAUAUAAGUUAUCGUAUAAUAUAGACAAUGAAAACCACAAUGAAAUCGGAGAAAUUGAUAGUUUACUCGACAAUUAUGGCAAAAGUUGAUUUGAUUUCUUAAUUUUUAUUAUAAUUAUUUAUACACUAUAUUUAACAGUAUUUUGUUUCUAAUUGUUUAAUCAUAAUUUAAAUCUCAAUUUGUUUACUAUGAAUAUUAGGGAGUAUUUUUUUAUUAAAAAAA